GCUGCACUUGUGAAAUAAGAGAAGGAGACAGUGAGACAUAACGUUCUUCAAGCGGUGGAGGUAUUCAGUGUCUACAAGAUGUAGCAACCCCCUACCCAAAAAAGAGCAAGAGAAUUGCUGUAGGAAGAAAAAAAACUAGGAUUUCCAACAGUGGAUUUUAUGUUUUGGUGCUUGUAGCAGAGGUCAAAGAAGGAGCAAUUUGUGGUGGCAGUUUUACAGUGGACAUCUAAACCAUUUGCUAUCGAUUCAAGCACAGUGCAUUUGGACAGAGCACAUAUUCCAUGACAGAUAGCAUAGCAUACAUGACUUAGGUACACCAAAAGACAAGAUGUACAGAGAGCUAGACAAGAAGUAGUAGGGUGUCAGAACACUAAGGGAGAUUGCAGGCAGCUCCUUUUGCAAUAUAUUUUGCUCAAGUCAAACUUUGUCCUGAUUCUUGAACAAAGAAGUUGAGAGCUAUGGAUUCACAAUUCUCAUCUACACUGGCAGUGAACGCAUUAACUGGAUUACUGACUGGAAUCAUACAUCACUUACUGCAGCUGAGCACAGAGAAGAGGAAGACUCCCACCCACAUCCUUCAUUCUGUUAAAAGAAAUCAGCAGUGCAGAUUAAUUCGAGCUUGUGUCGGGUGGCUCCUUGUACAAAGGCUGCCUAGAAAAAAGAAACACAGUGCCAUUUAAUGAGCUGUAAGAUUAGGCCCUGCUGUUAGCACUCCAUGCUUAAGAUUCAUCUCUCACUGUUUGUGCUUAAUGUAUAUGUUUCUGCACAGUUCGUUUGGGAAAGCCCAGAUUAGAACCCAAAACGGCUGCCGAAGAAGGGCCAUCAAACAUGCCUACAGAAACAUUACAGACAGAUAGCAUGGCUAAGUCUGCCAGCCCUGCAGUUGCAUUUACUUCAGCUGUUCCUCUUCGUAUUUUGAACAAAGGACCUGAUUAUUUUCGACGGCAGGCAGAACCUAACCCUAAAAGGCUGAGUGCUGUGGAGAGGUUAGAAGCUGAUAAAGCAAAAUAUGUUAAGAGCCAAGAAGUAAUAAAUGCCAAACAAGAGCCUGUGAAGCCAGCAGUCCUAGCAAAGCCACCUGUGUGUCCCACAACUAAACGACAGUUAGCUAGUCCUGCCUUGAAGGUGUUUAAUAACAACACAAAAAGUGAUGGUAGUGUAAAAAGAGAAACUUUAAAACUUGAAAUGCUAAUAAAUAUUCUUAAUAGUUCAGAGGGCUCUUCUUCAGUCUCGGGCAACAAGCACAUUGCACAGAACUGGCCCCCACACAGGUCUGACUCAACAGAACUUAACCGCCACUCAUUUGCAGAAUCUUUGAAGGUGUACUCUAGCCAGGGUAGCAGCAGCCCCCAGGGAGGCAAUUUGAAUGACAACAAGAAGGCAUUGGAUGAACAAUCAAGUGAACACUACUUUCAUAGAUCAGGUCCGCCUAUUCCACCAAAACCCAACUUUUCUGCUUGUACUACCCUCAGAACACCUGAUAAUGACACAGUAGAGUCAGGUAGUGGAGUUAUUCGUCGACCAUCACUGCAAAGGUCUAAGUCUGACCUGAGUGACAGAUACUUUCGAGUAGAUGCAGAUGUUGAGCGUUUCUUCAAUUAUUGUGGACUAGAUCCUGAAGAGUUGGAAAAUCUUGGGAUGGAAAGUUUCUCCAAAGCCAGUUCUGAUAUAAUUUCUCUCAACUUUCGCAGUGCAAGUAUGAUUAGUUCAGAUUGUGAACAAUCUCAGGAUAGCAACAGUGACUUAAGAAAUGAUGAAAGUGCUAGUGACCGGGUACCAUACGGGAUCUCCGCAAUUGAAAGGAAUGCUAGAAUUAUCAAAUGGCUUUACAGCAUCAAACAGGCGAGAGAGUCACAGAAAGUAUCACAUGUUUAAGGAAAGACAGUAUUCUGUUUCUAAACCUUGAGCUGCAAAGGGUUUUGAAAUCCUCUUGAAGUUUUGUGUGCUUCUCAGUUUGCUUUGCUUCACUUGUGCAAUUUUGUCCCUCAGCUGCAUGCUUGUCAACAUGUAAUCUGACUUGGUCUCUAACUUGAAUUACAGUCAAUCAGCCUGCUUAAGCUUAUACUUCUGAUGUAAAAGUAAAGACCAAAGGUAUUUAAUACUUCAUUGCUGUCAGACAAUGUUUUUUAUGCAUUUUCCUAUUCUUUUUGUUUGUAGUAGCUGAAAGCUUGGCACUUAAGAACAAAGAUGAAUGUAACUCUGUGUCCAUUUUUAGACUUCAUUAACAAUUAUGUUAUGCUUUUUUUAUCACCUUUCUGCUAGGGCAGAGAGAAAAGGUUUUAUCACUGAGUGGUGGGGUUUCCUAGAAUUCACAAUUUCACUCUAGUUCCUGGACAUAUUAAGUGUUCUGGGGAAAGGUUAAUUCAGUUCCUUGGAUGAAGACUUUAAAUGCAGUCUGUUUGCAAUGAAGCCUUUACACAUCUGAAGUGUAAGUUUUUAGUAUGUUAGCAGGGUCUCUGUGUAUUUUCAAACUGAAAGUAGUAUAAUGCCUUUGCAGGGAGCCAUCACUUGACAGUAUUCGGAAACUGUGACAUAUGUUUGAGCUGGGACAGCAGUCACUGGCAUUUGUCAGCUGAUUUGCAACAAAUCAAAGCAAAGCAUCUCUGAUCGGACUUUUUAAGGCCAAGUAAGAUUUUCAAUGAAAGUUAAGCUUGCAGCAUUUAUUGUUUUUUUUUUUUUUUAAUGAGAUUUUGUUACAGUAAUAAAGGACUCUAUCUAUGGCAUAUUUCAGCUUUUUUGAUCAUAUCUUUAAGGACAAGGUCAUUUCUUCCACCGUAAAGGAGUACUAACUUUAAAAUAUGUGUUGUGCAGUGUGUUUUAUGUGUAUAUUCCUAAUGUGUCUAUUUGUUUAGCAGUAAUAUUUUUUCCUCAGGCUUUGAUGUCCGUCUUGCACCAGCUGUGGAUUAUGUUGAUAUUGUUUAUUGUGUGUUAUGUUGCAGUUCCCUGAACUUCUUUUGACAUGUUGUAUAUCUAGGCCAUAUGUUUCAGUGAAGGAUGUUUUACAACAGAAAUGUCUGCUCUUGGAAUCCUGAUAUUGCUUUGGUUAAAAAGUAAUGUGAUAUUUUUAUUUAUAUUUAGGAAAACACAAAAAUCUGGUCAGUAGAAGCAUUUUAAGUUUUUUUUCAUUUAAAAAUAAAAAGAUAGCUAUAAAAGACAUGUAAACUGUGACAUUUGAGAACUUCUGUACGUAGCAGGUACUGUUUUCUUAGAGUAAAAUCAAAUUAAUUAUUUUUCAGUUCUUCAUUAAGCUGUGAACAUUAUGUUCAUUGAUGUUCACAAUAUAAUACGCUAUUUGCUCCUACCAGAACUUUUCUUAUGCAGAAUUACCUUUAGACCAGUACUUCAUGAGCCUCUGGUUCUGGUUUAUCACCAUCACACAAGUUAGGAGGUGCAGUAUUAAAAAAUUAAGAAAGUGCGAGAGAAAGAAGUGCAGACACAGGUAUCAAGUUAGUUGUUGCUAACAUAUUUAUAAUGAGAACUCCUAGCAAUCAAAGGAAGCACCCCAAUGUUGUCUGCACACACCUUCCUGUUCACACAUGUAUGGUUUGCACAGCACAUAUUUUUGUACACCAUUCUAUGUAUGGUACUGCUUUAAGGUUAUUGUUAAAUGUUCAUUUUAUGGAUGCUCAUAAUUUCUCAAUACUUCAGAAGUAGUACAAGCUGAAAGUCUGUCUCUCAUUUAAAGGCUGUUGUCUGUCCAGUGCUUAACUGUUUUGUUAAUUUACCAAGCACCUUGACAGUAGAAGGCAUAAACUGUUAUAUUACUACUUGUGUACAGGAGUUUUGGUGAAAAAGUAAGAAAAACAUUGUUAUCAUAUUCCCUGUGGAUGCCUUAUUAGUCAUAAUAAACUAAUUUCACAUAAUUCUAAGCCGGGUUUGGCAUGGAUUUUCUCUUUAAAUAAAACAUGGGAAAACACUUGUUUAGCAGUGCAUCACCUACACUUUUUACAAUGUUAAAUCUGAUACAAUUUCUACCCACCAUAUUGGUGUCCCCACAUAACUAUCUGUUAAACAUUUGUUAAAAGAAAGACUUUAUAAACUCAUUUGGUUUAAAUGGUUGACGUUUUUAUGAGUGGUUGAAUAUUAAUUUGACAUUUUUAAAUAUUGAAAAAAAUGUAGUGCCAUUGAGCCAAGGGGGGGUUAAGUGAAAGUUUGGCAAAGAUUAUACUUUAGCUAUAUCCUGCAUCUUGAAAUAUGGAAGAGAAGGUAGAAAUUGUGAAAUAAUGGUAUGUAUUAAUAAACAGACAGGAAACAUAUUUUCAGCUGCAGUUGAUGGGAAAAUAUAAAAUGUGCACUUUUAAGUGUAAUCUGAUAAAAUCUAGUUAGUUUUAGAGUGUCCUUUUAAGGAUGAAUGUUUAAAUUGGGCUUGUCCAACAUUCUUGCACAGAGGACUGGAUUUAUUAUUGCUUGAUUUCCUGGGGGGUGUGAAAACAAAAAAAAAACUUUCUAUUUUUGGGUUUCUAGGGCUCACAAUGAUUAAAAAAAUCAUUGAAGCAUAAACUCUGCAGAGACUACUCCUAGGGAUUUCAUUGCAUCCUGAUUGUGGGUUACAUGGCAGCAUAUGCAACACACUGCAUUUGUCAGGCUACAUGGCAGCAUAUGCAACACACUGUAUUUGUCAGGCCUCACUCUAUGUGCAGUAAAAUAAAUGUCACCCUGCCUGCUGAAAUAAUUAUGUAUUUUGCACUUCUAAUCUAACCACACUUAAGAUAGACAUAUUCUGGAUAUAGACUGCAUUUUUCAAUCCUAAGCAGAUGUUGUAAAUUUAGACAUAGUGGACACAAGAGUAUACACACAUUCGAAUGGCCAUGCAAGGCUUUUGGAAGAGACUUUCCAUACUGGGCUCUGUCUCUGAAAUAGUUUGAGGUCUGCUAAUCAUAGUUAUAUUGUGCUUUUAGGUGCAGAGGUAAUAAAACACACAGAUGCAUAUUUAUUUCUGAAUAUCCAAUCGUUUUCCCUUUAUGAUUUUCUUUCAGUAAUAACAUUUCAUAUGCUGGAAAACAUCAGUUUCUGGGACAAAGAAAUACUGGUUUAGUUCUUAUGUUAUAUAUACAAAAUAUAUAUUUUAAUUGAUGAAUAACAUAUUCCCACACUGUGUGAAAAAGUGAAAAUGCGUAUGUCUUUUGUAAAAUGACUCUAAAGACUUUUGCACAGUGGAGGCUGUGAAAUUAUAAGACACAAGCUAGCAAAUGCUAUUUCAUUAGGAAAAAUAAAAGACAUAAUGACUACAUAAAGGUAUUUUAACUUGUUACUCUCAGACACAUACACUGCCUCCAGGCCAUAUCAAUGAUCAUUCAGUACCGGUGUGUAAAUGUCCUGUGUUAUCACAGAUAAUAUGCUUCCUCAACCAUAACCAAAAACCUGUCCACCUUCUAUAUUUCUGAGGUUUGACUGUGAAGAAGUAAAAUAAAUAAUGACCACAUAUACUGCCCCCCCCCCUGACAAGCCAUGUCACUAUAUCAAGAAUCAUUUAACAGUUAGCAUGUAAUUGUUCUGUUCUUUCACGUGCAACCCUUCUCUGUACUCUCUAACAGGAUAGCCUUCUUUUGUGUACCUCGCUGAUCUAAGCUUUUAUGAAAGAAAAAAAAAUUGCCACAGUAAUGUUUCAACUCAGUUUUGUUAUGUAAGCACUUGUAACUGUCCUGUGCUUUUACCGACAGAGUGCCCCUCAUCCCUUCAUCACUCACAGACUGCCCCCCAAACAGAUACUUCUGGUGAUUACCUCUCAUGUCUAAUCAUGAGGAAGCUCAAAAGUAAUGGCCACAUUAAUUUCAUUCAGCUUGCUGCUACAAUUGCCACAACCACUACAAUAAACACCAUAAUACACUUAAAAAACAUGAAUAAAAAUGCUGCAGGUGGCAGUGUAUACUCUUACCACUGUCCACAGAUGAUGUCUAGUAAACUGUUAAGAAUUAAAAAAAUACAUGCAAAGAGCAUCUACAGCAACCCAAUCAUAGUGUUCUCUUUAAUUUACAAGUCCCAGCACCAGAACCUAAAGUCUUCACUGAGUUUUAACUCACUGCCUGUACUAAUUGCCUUCUAGGCUUCUACAAUAUCAUUUGUGUUUUCUUCUUGGUAUUGGGAAUUUUGAGAUGCUGUGUCUUAUAAUACCUAGUUCUGAGACAAAGGCACAAAAGUUACUCUCCAGCUUGGCAGAGCUCAGUGGGUUAUGGAGAACCCUCUGGCAGGUCAGUUUCUGUCUUGCAAGCAGCAAUGUUGGACAAGCCUGUUCUUAAUCAUUUUGUCACAAAAAAUGUAAAUUCUAUAUGUAAUACUGAAUUGCCUUUACUGGUCAGUGAACUGAUGUGUCUUUAGUCCUGUAACAACCUUUCAUAGAUGUGUCAAGUCAUUUUUGCCAGCAAAAAUGGAAAUGCAGAGCCAUAUCAUUAUAAAGUAUGUAUUCAUAAGUCAUUAGUUAAAUUAUCAGAGAUGCUGUAGCUAUAUUGUCCUGCUUAUGUUGCAUCUUAGGUUGUGGAGUUUGUUGCAGCCAUAGAACAAUGUAGAAUCAGAACAGAUAGCUGUCGUCAUGAAGCUAGUAACUGUCGCACAGCAACAUGGUACAUAUCUCCAACUGUUGACAAUCCGUCUUCCUAAUGGUUUAAUCAGCUUCCAUUAUAGCCGAGAACAGUGGAGGCUUUAAUGGAGCAUUGAAAGUGCAAUGGCUGGCCUCAUUGUAUUGUAUGUUUUAUUCAUGCUUGGAAUAUAUUGCAGCACUGCCUUACCUUUCAUCAGCUAAUAGGAAACUAGUUUUUUAUUGUAUAAAUGCUGUAAGCAAUUGUAUAUACUUCAGUUGUUACCAAAUCUUCAAAGUCUGUUACACAAAUAAAUAGCUCUUGAAGCAGCUUUUGUUUUA